GCAACUUCCGGGUCUCCGGGGCAGUGGGCAGGGCUUGAGAGGCCCCGCCCCCUCGCCUCUGCCUGCUGUGGACUUGCAAGAGAAGAGGCUGCGGCAGUGCUUUCGGAGCCGCUUCUGAUCCUUGUAGAAGAAAAGAUGACCUACUCUGAAAACAAAAGGCUAAUAUUUGGCCUAAUGGCAGGGGCUGCUGGAAUAACUUUGGUGAUACUCUGGUAUCGUAAAACAAAGGAACACAAGAAAGCCGUAUAUUCACCCACAUUUUCAAAUUUAGAUAAGAACUUUGAUUUAAUAGAUUUUCCAUACGACGCUCAUAAUGAUCAAGGAACAGUGAUGCUCUUGCAAGGAAGGCAGCUUCAGAUCCUGGAGAAACUGAAUGGCUUAUUGGUGAGCGUGGACAAACUUAAAAAAGAGGUGCAGUCUUUAAAGGAAGCUAUUCCAAAGUUGGAAGAACGUGUUCGAAAUGAACUUGAAGGCAAGGCAGAUGUUCGGAGGGCCAGUCCUUUACAUAGAGCAACAAAGAAGAGGAAGGUUGAAACGGCCCAAGGAGUGACGGACACCACCAGUUCUGAAGAGGCAGAAAGUGAAGGCGGUUAUGCAACAGCUCAUACUGACACUGAAGGAGAAUCUGAGGAAGAAAAGGGUUGGAUCAGUUCUUCUGCAUCUACUCUGACACCAGAAGAGAAAAUAGAGCUCUUCAAUCUUCUACAAGAUGCUGACAGGUUGCAUUCUGGUUCAGAUAAUGAGAAAACAGAGAGUUAUAAACUCUUGCUUGAAAAUGAGGAAAAGUACAGAACGUCUGCUGGCUUUCUUUGGAGACUCGCCCGUGCUUAUGGUGACAUGUUUGGGAUGACUGCUGAUGCUGAACAAAAAAGGAACUACGCUUCUGAAGGAAAGCUUGUAGCUGAGAAUGCUGUCAACCUGGAUUCAUCAAUUGCUGAGAGCCACCAGUGGUUUGCAAUGAUGUGUGGCUACAUGUCUCAGUUUGAAACCAUACAGAAUAAAAUCAAGAACGGCUAUCUUUUUAAGGAACAUAUAGACAAAGCAAGAGAACUUAGGCCUCAAGACCCUUUUUUGUAUUAUCUAACUGGAAGAUGGUGCUAUGAAGUGGCUCAGUUGUCUUGGCUUGAGAAAAAAGUAGCUGCUGCUCUUUUUGGGACUCCGCCAACUUCAACAAUACAUGAGGCUUUGCAGAAUUUUCUCAAGGCUGAAGAAAUUCAUCCUGGAUAUUCAAAAUAUAAUUAUGUCUACAUCGCAAAGUGCUACAAAGACCUUGGGCAAAGGAACAAUGCCCUGAAGUCCUGUGAAACAGCACUGUCAAUUCUGCCUGUCAACAAAGAGAUUACCCAUUUCUGGAACUGCAAAAUUGUUUUAACAAUAGAAGUAAUAACAGCAGCAGCCACAACAACAAUGGAGCACCAGAAAUGUGGGGAAACAACUUUGCAAGAGCCUGUAGAAGUACAAGUGCAGAACCACAUAUCAUUGAAUCGGUGAACUGCACGACUGGAGAUGAUGAUGGGGCUCAAACUGAUAUGUUUCUGGUUUAUGUAUUCACACAACUACCAUGAAAUAGUGGCUUUGUGUGAUAAAGUCUUAAGUUAAUUGAAAUCAAUGCUUUCAUUUGUUAUUUAGAUAGAACACUUUCUUAAAAUGUCUUGAUUGUCCAUCCCACAUAUCAUGAAUUUCAAUUCUCUUAUUUUUUUGGAAUCCUGGAAGUAAAAGUUCUGACACAUUAUAAGACAAUUUCCUUGGCCUGUGCAGAAGACAUACUUUAAUUGAGGUUACAGCACCAGGAAAUAAGCUUUUCUUUCUUCCUCUGGCACCAUAUAAGUACAGUAGAGUCUCACUAAUCCAAGCCUCACUUAUCCAAGCCUCUGGAUAAUCCAAGCCAUUUUUUUAGUCAAUGUUUUCAAUAUAUCGUGAUAUUUUAAUGCUAAAUUCGUAAAUACAGUAAUUACAACAUAACAUUACUGCGCAUUGAACAACUUUUUCUGUCAAAUUUGUUGUAUAACAUGAAGUUUUGGUGCUUAAUUUGUAAAAUCAUAAUCUAAUUUGAUGUUUAAUAGGCUUUUCCUUAAUCCCUCCUUAUUAUCCAAGAUAUUCGCUUAUCCAAGCUUCUGCUGGCCCGUUUAGCUUGGAUAAGUGAGACUCUACUGUAAUUAGAUUUGGAAGUCUCCACAACUGCUGUCAAUCUUGUUUAAAACUAGAAAACAUUUAUGAUCAUUGGUCUCCCUUUGUCCAUCCAAUUUGAUUGUUCACCUGAUUUACAUGUUAGAACAGUGAGAACUUGUUUUUGCUUGAUUGCCUUGGCACAAGUAUCACAAUCUUGCAAACAGAGGAUGCACAUUGGUGACCCUGCGGUGGCUAUCUUCCAUGGCAGGGUCAUAUAUCUACUUAGAGCUGCUGGUACUUGUAUGGGCAAAUUGUUGGGCAAAGAUUAUUGGCCCUUGUAUCUAUCACUGCUGCAAUGUGCGUUCGACGAUACAGAAGUGCUCUAUCUCAACAGUUGGGAAUGAAUGGGGGUUCUGAAUGCAAAGCACAGGCUUUUAAAAUAACUGUAAUGUUAUGUUGUUUAUACCGUUGUUAUAUUGUUUUCAAUUACUGCUUUGAUUACUGUUGUAUGUAAUGCUAUGUUGUUGUUUUUGGGCUAGUCCCUGUGUAAGCCGCCUCGAGUCCCUCGAGUUAUUAUUAUAUUAUUAUUGGGUUGCUGUGAGUUUUCCGGGCUGUAUGACCAUGUUCCUGAAGCAUUCCCUCCUGAAGUUUCACCCACAUCUAUGGCAAGCAUCAUCAGAGGUUAUCAGGACUUUGAUAAUAAUAAUAAUAAUAAUAAUAAUAAUAAUAAUAAUAAUAAUAAUAAUAAAUUUAUUCUUAUAUCCCGCCCCAUCUCCCCGAGGGGACUCGGGGCAGCUCACAACAAUAAUAAAAACAGUGACAAAUUACACAUUGUAAAAUCAAACAUGAAAAGCAGUCAUACAAUCAAUACAUACAUCACAUGUUAAAAACAAGGAGAUAAAACAGUUCUAGGCCGAAAUAGAGGGCUUCUGUAGCUUCGUGGCAGAAGUAUUCAGCAAGGUAUCAAUAAUCAUGGCAGAACACUCUCUAAUUAAAUUAAAUAGGCAGACAAAUCAACCCCCAAAAAUUAGUCGUCGAAGGCCCUCUGGAAAAGCCAGGUUUUAAGACUUUUUCAAAAGGCAAGGAGGGUGGGGGCCUGUUUAAUCUCCCUCGGGAGUGAGUUCCAGAGGCGGGGGGCCACAGCGGAGAAGGCCCUCUCUCUCGUCCCCACCAGCCGCAACUGCGAAGGUGGUGGGAGCGAGAGGAGGGCCUCCCCCGAAGAGCGAAGAGAUCGUGCUUUCACAUUCAUCACCACAGUUUGAAGUUUGGGCAGGAAGAAGGGGAAGAGAGAUUUUCUUUAAGAUUACUCACUGAAUCUUGGGGCAAACUGGAAUGUGAAUGCAGAACCAGCCAAAUGCCAACUCAGCAUAUCCACAGUAGGCCACCCUGGCGUUUAAAUAUCCGCACUAGUGUGGGAGAAAGCAAAAAGUUUUGUCUGUGUGCUUCUGCCAGUUUGAGGCCUAUCAUUUCCUAGUUUGACCUAGUUUUAUCUUGCUAUUUGGAACAGGACGGGAACUGGACAGAGUAGGCGCGAUUCAGGAAACACAGGCAAGCAUGGCAGAGCUGUAAUCAUUUGUGCUUUGAUUUGGCAGCUUGCACUGGGUUUUUCUGUCUCAUGCUGUUUUGUGUACCCAGGGUCUGUUGCUGAGUAGCUCAGAAUGAUUAAUUUAGAAAGAAACAAGCCUGUUCACAAUGCUGCAACCUGGAAUGGUUGAGAUGAUGAGUUCCUAUUCAUAUUUAAUCACAGCAUGAGGGCAGUCCUGUUUUUUUAACCCUAACAAGAUCUGUCAUUAAAAGUUACUGGAGCUUGACUUUUCAUCAUUCUCCGCUAGUCACCCACAUCUAAGGCUGUGGGUUGGAUUUUCUUUACAGACAACUGAGCUACUGCUCUCCCGUGAGCCUUUGUUUCUGUUUUUGCAGCUUAAUGAUGAUAGGCAGUCCUGGUAGUGGACUUGCUGUGACUGAAAGAGGUUUUCGUGAAUUAUAGCUCCCAUAAAGGGACAAAUAUUUCAGGUGAGUCUCAUGUAUGGAUUUUUUCCUCAAAUUAAGAUGAAAGAUUCUCAACAACAUUGAUAAUUAUUCCAUCGGCAAAAACAACAGUAUUUAUUAAACUGGAUCCUUAUAACAGGUAAUAGAGAAAGUGUUGGUAGCAUCAGAUAUUUCUUUAUUCAGAUAUUUAUUGCUAUACUAAUUCGAAAACCCAGGACAAUACAUCUAGUUAUCUCUUUUAGGUCUCUUCCAGAGCGGUAAAGAAGCAUGAGUUCUCAUGAUAUACCUCUGUGGAUUUUGCUGGUAUGUGCGUGUGUGCAUCUGCACGCAUGCAUGCUUCUUUGUCCACUUAUUCUAUUCUUUGCAAAGGCAAAGCUGCAAAGGGCUAUUUGUACCAAUUACUUGGAUCUGCAUUCUGCCUCUCUGAAAGGCUUUUUCAAAAGUAGGACAUAGUUUGCUGGGAGACCCUUAUCAUUUGAGGGCACUUUUGUAGAGACACUGUAAUGCAAUUCAAAGCCAACUCGCUGGUCGGGUGGCCACAAAAUGUACACUUCCAAUGUGCUCUGCAGCAUGCAUCAAAUCAGCAACUGUGCUCUGAAAUACUCACCAGAAAAUCUGGAACAAGCCAGAGAGUUACAGUGAAAUAACCCACAGAGACAAAUAUGGCCAGAGGGUUGUCAGGUUAGGAUUAUGCCAAAUCCUGAGAUUUUAGAGCCAACCCUCUUUUGAUGUCCCAGAAAGUGAUGUUAAAAGAAAAAAGGUGUUGGUGAUGCCAUAAAUCAUGAUAUAUCAACCAUAGCUGCACAAAAUGCGUGAUUGAAAUGAAAAAGCACAAAGUAUAUCAAAUGUAGACAAUACAUAUACAACACAUAGACACAUACACUGUGCUUAUGCCCUGAGGUUCCUCUUGCUUUCCUGGAAAUGAGUGGCCAGGCCUUGAAAUUUGACUACUUUACCCACACAUAUAGGCCCCUUCUACACUGCCAUAUAAUUCAGAUUAUCACAGCAGAUAAUUCACAUGAUCUGCUUUGAAUUGGAUUAUAGGAGUCUACACUGUCAUAUAAUUCAGUUCAAAGCAGAUAAUCUGGAUUUUAUAUGGCAGUGUAUAAGGGGCCAUAGUCUCUGGCAUUUGGGACCAAAAAUAGCAGAGUUAAGCAAAUAUUGUUUUGUAGUUAGUUGGAACUGCUAAGCAAAAUUUGCAAUUUUAUGGAGGCUCAAGAACAAAGAAAAUUCAGAUUAUCUGAAGAGAAACAGUGUGGUUUUGUCUGGUUUCAGGUUCACGGUGUAUACCUGAACCAUCUGAAUUUAUCCACUACUACAGAGUUGUAACUAAUGCAAUAGGAUAUUAAGCUGUUGUUGUUUGUCAGAAAAUAUAAAUUAAUUCCAUAUUUUUAAAACUGCAAAUUGAAUCAAUGUAUUCCUCUCUACCUGAAAGUAAGCAGAGAGACAAUCAACAUGUAUUUUCUAAAUGAAUGCAGAAGAAAGAAGAAAUAAAUCCUAAUUCAUUAUA